AUGGAUGAAUUUUAUAAUUUAAUUGAUUUUUAUGACCGGGUUGCAAUGCACGAACGAGUUCCCAAAAGGUAUGUGAGAGAUAUGCAAAAUCCAAUAGACUACAGUGACAAAGAGUUCAAAAACAGAUUCAGAUUUUCUAAAACUUCAGUUAUUGAAUGUUUAAUGCCUCUAAUAUUUAAUGAAAUUGAAGCUGUCACUACAAUGAGGGGUUUACCAGUUCCUCAACUUAUUAAACUUUUAGCAGUAUUACGAUUUUAUGGAACAGGAAACAUUCAAUUAGUUUCGGGUGAUUUGGUUGGAAUUAGUCAACCAUCAAUAAGUAGAUGUGUUAAACGUAUUUCCCAGGUUAUUUUAAAAAGUUUUAAAAAAUUUAUAAAAUUUCCAUCAAACCCACAAGAACAAAGACAAAACCAAUUGUUAUUUUACAAUAUUGCAGGCUUUGUUGGUGUUGAUGGAACAGUAGAUUGUACUCACAUCCCAAUAAAAAGUCCUGGUGGAGACCAAGCUGAAAAUUUUAGGAACAGGAAAGGUAUAUUUUCAAUCAACGUACAAAUUGUUAGUGGCCCUAAAUGUGAGAUCUUGGAUAUUGUUGCAAGAUGGCCUGGUUCUGUUCACGACAGUCGUAUUUUUAGCAACAGCAAUGUCAAUAUGAUGUACGAACAAAGGCAAUUACCAGGAUGCCUUUUAGGUGAUGGUGGUUAUCCACAAUUGCAAUAUUUAUUUACUCCAAUCAGAAAUCCACAAACUAUAGCAGAAGAGAGAUAUAAUAAAGCCCAUAUUGCAACAAGAAAUACCGUAGAAAGAUUGAAUGGCAUACUAAAAAGAAGGUUUGGCUGUCUAUCAAAAAAGUUAGCCACCAAACUUAGUACAACAUUAUUAAUUAUAUCAGCUUGUGCAGUUCUUCAUAAUAUUGCCAUAUUUAGAUACGAAGAACUUCCACAAAACCUAGAGGAAGAGUUUGAUUAUAAUCAAAUAGUUCAACAAGAAUACAAUGGUCCACCUAAUUUAUAUUGCUAUAUAAUAAGAUCCGAAUUCAUUAUUAGACAUUUUCAAUAA